AUGCCUCACGCCGACUCUUCCUACUUUGCGCCAGGCUCGUCAAAAGCCGACGUAUAUGAAAUGCUUCUAUUGCAAACACAAGGUCUCCUCGACGGCCAGCGCAAUUGGGUUAGCAACCUCUCCAAUGUCGCAUCUCUCCUCUGGCACGCCUACGCCUCCCUCCCCGCCCCCUCUUCAUCCGUAAACUGGGCCGGUUUCUACAUCCGUGACGAUAAAUUUCCCACUCUCGCUUCGCCUAUCUCCUCGCCCCCAUUGUCUGGUGCAGCCGGCACCCGCAACGUCACUAUUUCCACCACAUACACCACUUCGGAAAACCAACUUCUCCUCCUAGGACCAUUCCACGGCAAGCCCGCUUGCCAGGAGAUUCGCUUCGGCAAGGGCGUUUGCGGUACCGCUGCUGCUAAGCAGGAGACUGUUGUUGUGCCCGACGUCGAGGAAUUCCCAGGACACAUUGCAUGCGACGCGGAGAGCCGCAGUGAGAUCGUUGUGCCGAUUCUAGUGAACGGAGAGACCGUCGCUAUUAUUGACAUUGACUGCACCGAGCCCAACGGUUUCGAUGACGAAGACAAGACAUACCUCGAGAAAUUGGCAAACUUCCUGGCUGAUAACUGCGACUGGUAG